AUGGCCAAACUCACAGACUUACUUGACAGUAGCACUUCUUCGACGGGUAUGGCACAUGCCCACCGCUCCACAGCAUUACCCCAUCCUGGCACACAGAUCAGUACGAGAGAUCAGUAUUCUCCGGCAACGCCAUCUUUUAGGAGGGUCUCGGAGCACCAACCCAGAUCGCCAUCCUACCCAGCCGCUCUACGACGCCAUCCCAUAUCUCCAACCUCCAGCCCUAUCACCGGUUUCACUGCACCGACUGCCUUGAGGAUGGACGCCUCUGGUCAUUACCCCCCGUCCUCGUCCAGGACACCCAUGAGCGUGCCUCCGUUGGGUCCCAUUACAACUCUCGGCACACUUUCGUAUAGCAACGAAGGCCAAGGAGUACCGCCGAUCAAAAUCGACAUCCACGGAAACAUCGACAAGGGCUUCUUUCAGUCGGACGGCGACUGGACCUGCUACAGGAGGAAUUAUUUCUCCUGUAUCUGCUCCUUCAGCCUCAGCCCACACUAUCCCGGGCAGCCGCUGCAAUUCAUGGCAUCAGGCUCUACGCAGGCUUACACGGUUCUCGGCUUUGCCAUGUCUAUCUCAGCCGUCGUAUCAGACAACGACUCCCACAGGAUCGAACUUGUCCAGCACACGCCCAAGAGAGACAAGGGCCCCAUCGCGCCGCCCGAGAAAGUCCGCCUUCACCCCAAAUACCCUCAACAGUCCCAUCCGCUUGGGCUCUAUCCUCACGACAGCGGGCUUGGGGGGCCACCAAGAAUUGGAUACGCAGAGAGCGGAGGCUUCUCGGGUAGUGCUCCGCAGGGGAGCGACUCGUACCAGACGGAGCACACGUUCGAGCGUAUCCAGUUCAAGCAGGCGACGGCAAACAACGGGAAGAGAAGGGCAGCCCAACAGUACUACCAUCUGUUGAUUGAGCUGUGGGCGGACGUCGGCUCGCAAGGUCCUGAUCAGUUCGUUCGAAUAGCAUACCGAAAGUCGGCCAAGAUGAUUGUGCGGGGUCGUUCGCCGGGACACUACCAGAGCGAGAGGCGUGCCAGCACCAGCAGCGGACCCGGUGGUUCUGGCGGCAGCCUGACCGGAUUCCCCAGCAGCACGAUGCUGGGCUCGGAUUACUCUGGUGGAAGCAUGAUGCCGGCAGGCGGCUAUGGGGGAGGCUACGACGCGCGUGGGGGGACUCACUACGGAACAGCACGCCACCAUCCCGAACUCGAGCCCAUGAUUCCUCCCGAGGAUGCGAAGACCAUCGACACGGCGAAAGAGUACCGUUACUUCCCUGGCGCCAUCUACGAACAUGCCGACUCGGCAGGAGGAGUGGAAAUGUUCGCGCACCACCGAAACGGACAGGAUAACAUGGGGCAACACAUGACGUCGACCUACGAUCCUCUCCACGACAGAGUCAAGCGCGACCCCGAGGUCGGCAUGCUCCCGAGCAUCUUCCCACCCGGGCCGCUCAUGUCGAAUCAACGGUGCGGUCCGUACGAGAGCAAGUCGUCCUCGAGUGGCUACUACCCAAUGGUCCCGCAGCCAGGGGUCAAUCUCACAAACAUGACCUGA